AUUUUUACAUUUCGAUGGUAGUGGUUAAUUUAGUUUGAUGUUUACAAUUUCUAAACGAAAGUCAAAUGUCAGAAGUUCAUGCCAGUGCCGGUCAUUUAUGUAUAUUACGACCAUAACAAUACUUGUUGCAUUGUAAUAAGGAUGCAAUUCGCAAAUCGAACUACAGAAAUAACGUAGAUAUCUUUUGUUCGGGACCGAUGUAAACGAUGAAUUGAAAUUUGAAAUUCAUAAUUACCAAAACAAAUAUAGUUCUAAAUUCUAAAAAACUUAUAUUCAGGAUUAAGGACGGUUAUUUCAAUAUUUUAUGGCAGACUGGUAAAGUUGGAACGUAGGGACACAAGUGGCAUACCGUAUUUUAACAAAAUGACGAAAUACGAGGGUAACUCAGGUUUUGCUACCUUCCAUUCGAAAUUCAAAUCCUCAUCUCUUCUUCAUCUACCCUUUCGAGCGAAGCACCGUCCAGGCACGUGGUAAGUGAAAUUUACCUGCAUUUUACUAUAUAAAUUGCAAAAAUAUUCUUUAAAACACCUUCAAUUAGGAAAAUUAAGUAAAUCGCGGUAGUUCACGAUAUGUUUUUAUUCUGAUUACCUAGGUUUCUGAAAGAUGGACCAAGGUACCGCCACUAUGAAUUCAGAAGGUUACCCUAUUCUGUUGCUGCCAAAAAAGUGUACUACAUUGGAAACCAAUUGUGAAGUCUCCGAUAAUGUAUUUAUUGAGCUGAAUAUUUCCUCUCCUGAUACUGAAGGGAACGAAAUGUGUAUUUAUACAGGUUUCUGUAAUGUGAAGUUAGUAGACAGUUAUGAUAUGAAUUUAUGCCACAAAACAAAGGAAAAUGGUCCGGCUGAGUAUAACGAUAAUGACCUAAUUUCUGUUUUGGUGGAUGAGUCCGGAAACCAGAUAGCUGAUCCGUACAACCAGAGUCAAGUAUGGAUAGAUCCAGCUAGGAGUCCAUUUGUGUAUAAUCAUUAUGAUACAGACCAACAAGAACAUUACUCUAUAUACCAUAAUACUAGAACUAACCACAUAACUGUUGAACAGCACAACACAUACAUCACCCAAAAUGUGUAUAAUUAUAACAAAGAGCCUGCAACAUACCCAACAGACGAAUUUGAACAUAAAAAAUUCAGGAAAGUUCAAGUUAGUGAAUCAAGCACUCAGCAGAACACAACGGACCCUAACUUAAAUUUAUAUGAAGAAGAUGAGUUUGAGUGUGGUGUAUUUCUGUCCCAAUUACCCGAAGAAAUUCUACAGGAGAAGGAGAACAGAGUUAGAGAGGAACGGAAAUACAUUGGUAUACCGAGUGAAAAUGGAGCAUUAAAGCAAUUGAUGUCAUCGGACAUUCAGUCAUCUACUAAGCAGCGUAAGACCAUAUUGUUUCUGGGUCAUGAUUCUCAUUAUGGGCAGACCAUACAGAAGAUAGCUAUGAAUGAUCCUUUUUUGGUGUGUUCGGUGAAGGAGGAGGUUAAUUCACAAGUUGUGUAUGAAGAGCCUGACUACAGCAACCCAAGUCAGAAGAAAUACCAGUGCGACAAAUGCAAGCAGAUCUUCGACCAGAUCAUGGAUUUCAGGCAGCACAUGGUUGGAGACCACAUCAGCCCCAGGAACUACGACGCCAAAACAGUCGGCGAAAUCAAAUUCCUCUGCACCGAAUGCGGCAAAAACAUCAAAUCUCAAAAGAAAUUCGAGCAACACUGCAUGUCGCACGGCGACCCAGAACUAGAAUGCAGCAAGUGCCACAAAGUGUUCGCCUCAAAAUUUACCUUACGUGCACACAAUAAGAUCCAUUCUCGACAGCACGGCUGCGUCUAUUGCUCAAAGACUUACUCGAAACCGGACGGACUGAGAACCCAUGUAGCCAAAGCGCAUUGUAUUUUCAUGUGUGAGAAGUGCGACUUUAAAAGUAAUAAAAGAAAUGAUUUGGAUGAACAUGAAAAAGAACAUCAUCUAUCUGAAUUUGACACUUUAAGUGCUUUGGAUGAUUCUUGUGAAUCAGAUAUUAUUCGACUGAAGUCGGAUGUGACGGAGAAGUCGGAAGUUCAUCAAGCGAAGAGUGUGAAGGCUGAGGAUAUUCGGAGGGCGGAUUCUGUUAUAGCUAAGGUUAUGUCGAAUGAGAUUUUUGGAUCGAAGGGGAAGACGAGGCAGUACAGGAAGUGUAAUAAGGUGUGCGACGUCUGCCUAAAGAUCUUCGACCGCGUCGGCGACUUGAAACGUCACCUGAUCGAGCACAUCAUAAAGAGCACCCUGGACAAGAUCCCCGUCGGCAGGAACGGGACCCUCAACAUUCAGUGCGAGGUCUGCCAGACGGAAACAUUUACUAAAGUUGAAAGGUACAAAGCCCACCUUCGCGAUCACGCCAAACUAACCAUAUACAAAUGCACAUUCUGCGACAAAUCCUUCAGUGACUCCAGCAACUUUUCCAAGCACAAGAAAAUCCACGGCAGUGCCUACCUCCAAUGCGAUCUCUGCGGCCGCAAAUUCAACUCUAAACGUAUGCUAAUACAGCACAUGGAAUACCAUAACAAUAACGAACCGAUCUCCUGUCAAUUCUGCCAAAGAAUGUUUCACUUCGAAUCGAUGUUAAACAAACAUAUCAAAUGCGCGCACGCGAAUACUUUAAACAAAUUUAAAUGCCGAUUCUGUUGCAACUAUUUUAAAACUUUAAAAGAAAAGUGGGACCAUGAAUGGACGAUACAUAAUGUGAGGAAGAUGAUUGUUGAUUGUCUGAUCUGUGACUCUAAGUUUAGGAAGUAUACGGAGUUGAAAAAGCAUUGCUCUAUUGUGCAUAAUGUCGAAAUACCGCCCGCUAAGAAGUUGUGGCCGAAAUAGGCUGGUCCUAUGGAGAAAUUGAUUUUCUAAAGUUACAAUUAGGAUAUUAAAACCUGACCAGUACAUCACGCGCCAUAUUGCGGAAUUUCAUUGAAAGUAAAUUCUUCAUACUAAAGGGAACUGUCACGUGAGAAUAACAGCGGCCUCUUGACAAUAAUCAUAUAUUUCUGGUCGGACUUUCCAGUCAGAGAAAUACAUAUAUUAGAAUAAGCUCAAAAUAAAAAUAUAUUUAUUUGUAUAAGAGUAUAAGACUACUAUUCCUGUUAAACAGCGUAUGUAUUUAAGAUAGGAAAUAUGUAUUACAUAUGUUUUGCCAUAACAGAGCAGAUCUCAUGUAUAACUAUUGUUUGAUUAUCUAAUUAAGUUAUCUCAUGAUAAGUGUUUAUUUAGACUUAGUUGGCUAACCCUAGAACGCGCAAGUUGUUUCUAAGUGUCACGCCGAAAAAGUAAAAGUUACAAACAAGCGUUAAUACGGUUGGAAGAUAGUAGGUUAAUAAUAAGUACAAUAUCUAGUUGAUUAUUAAGCCAAAAUAUUUCUCGUUAUCAUGUUAAAUUUAAAAUCAAUCCCUCAACUUUCAAUGUUUGUACUCCAAUGUAGCAGGUAACUAGCGCCAUCUAGGAACUAGAUGAGGAAUAGCAUUUAGUUCAUAUAGACGCCCCUAGGGCAAAGUUAUAUUUUACAUUGUUCCAGUGGCGCAAGCGUCGCGCGGUGGUUUUAAAAUCAAUAUGUUGUAGAUUAGUUCCUAGUUAUACCACCCGCAAAAUUAAGUUGGUAUUAUGUUUUUUUUAUUUAGGUAGAUAUUUUAGAGAGAUCAAGACUGAAAUCAUGAAGUUCUUACGAGUAUUUGGUUACGUUAUUUCAGAGUGAGAGUGUAUUAGCAGAAUAUAUGUGAUUUUUAAGACUUAGUUACAUUGUUUUUCUUUUGUGCAAGAAGGUGCACAUUCUAUUUAAGAUUAGUUUUUUUUGUUGUUUCUUCAUAUACUUUCGUAUUUGUUUAGUUGGCAGGAUUUCAAAAAUAUUGCCUUACCUUUUUAUAUACAUGUAAAAAAACUAUAUUAAAGCAAGUGUUUUUCAUUUGUUAAUAUCAAUUAAUUGUGGUUAAGUACAUCUGUUAUUUAAUAACUUACCCCCUUAUUCAUAAACGUGUCCUAAAGUUACGAUGCCGCUGAUCAUCGUUUGUCCCUUUCCGACGUAUUGGUAUGAUGGAAAGGGACAAACGAUGAUCAGCGGCAUCGUAACUUUAGUACACGUUUAUGAAUAAGGGGGGUAAGUUACUACUUGUAAAUGGUUCAAGAUUAAAUCUAUGGGCUAAAGUAUUUUUCAGAAUAUAUUUAUUACUUGUUAAAACUUAAAAAGUUUUAUGUACAAAGUUGAUUCUUCAUAGGAUUAUUUUUUGUUUAUGUAUUUUGUUUUUAAUAAACGUUUUCGAAUAUAC